AUGCUUGUACGUUCACUCUCUUUGCGCUAUGGUAUCAACGCCGCCCUCAUGGCCCUUGGGGCUGCGGUCGUCGGUGCUGUACCUCCCCUGGAGAUCAAGGGAACCGACUUCAUCAACCCUCAGACUGGCGAGAAGUUCCAGAUUGUUGGUAUGGCCUACCAACCUGGAGGAAGUGCCGGUUACGAUCCUUCCACUGGGAAAGAUCCUCUAAGCCACAAGGACGAAUGCAUGCGAGAUGCUGCCCUUAUGCAAAUUCUUGGUAUCAAUGCCAUUCGUGUCUACAACCUCGACCCUAAUAUCAACCAUGAUGACUGUGCUAGCAUUUUUAAUGCCGCCGGAAUGUACAUGAUGAUCGAUGUCAACUCUCCCCUGCCUGGUGAGGCCAUUCACUCUGAGGCCCCCUGGGAGAGCUACUACACAGCAUAUCUCAACCGUACCUUUGCCAUUACUGAGGCGUUCGGCAACUACCCAAACACUCUUCUUUUCUUCUCUGCCAAUGAGGUUAUCAACAACGAAGCCACUGCCGCGCAUGCUCCCCAGUAUAUCCGUGCUGUCACUCGCGACCUCAAGAACUACAUCAAGAAUAACUUGAAACGCCAAAUUCCCGUUGGUUAUUCGGCCGCUGAUGUUCGCGAGGUUCUUUGGGAUACCUGGAACUACCUGCAGUGCUCUGAUCCAGAAGAUGAGGGUGAUAUGAGUCGUGCGGAUCUUUUUGCUCUCAACUCGUACUCCUGGUGUGGCGCUGAAGCCACGUACGAGAGCUCUUCUUACAACGACCUUGUGUCUGGUUUCGAAUCCACUUCUGUUCCUAUUUUCUUCAGCGAAUAUGGCUGCAACCAGCCCCAGACUCGUUACUGGAACGAAACCCAGUCCAUGUACGGCAAAAAGAUGACCCCGGUCUUCUCUGGUGGCGUUGUUUAUGAGUAUACCGAGGAGGACAACAACUAUGGACUCGUCAAGAUCAGCGGCGAUAAACUUCGAAUUCUUGGUGAUUUCAACCGCCUCAAGAACCAGUUCGCUAAGAUCGACUGGAAGGACGUUCAGUCUCAACCUGCAAGCAAGAACCCAGCCAAGGCCCCAACUUGCAAGGGUUCCAUCAUCAAGGACAGUGGAUUCGACAACAACUUUACUCUUCCUGUUAUUCCCAAGGACGCCCAGAAGUUGGUCGACAACGGAAUUAAGAAUAAGCCCAGCGGAAAGAUCAUCGACAUUUCGGACUGGAACGUCAAACUUGCUGUCAGUAAUGCCGAUGGCAGCGCGCUCAAGAAUCUCAAGGUGGUUCCUCUUAAGGACGAUGAAUCCAAUGCGUCUGGUAGCAACGACGCAGACACCGGCAGUGAGACCACCGAUGACAAGAACAGUACCAGCUCUGACAACAAGACCGAAUCCUCAGGAGGAGCCAACGAAGACGAUGAGGAUGCUGCCGUCAUCACUCGGCCUUUAGUCUGGGUUAUGGGCCUACCUCUGGCCGCUAUGAUGUUUGCGCUAUAA